AUGAAGAAGCUCAAAGAAAAACUGGCUAUGUCCGUCCUGAAAAGCCAGUUAAGUUCUGGACAAGAAGAGGAGUACGAUGAGGCUCAUCCACCAUCCAAAGAACGAAAGAAGAAGAAAACCAAAGGCAAGGAAAGCUCAGGAACAGACGGUGAAACAGAUCAAGCGGGUCAGUCGGAUUCAGAAGACGACGAACCAGAGGCAGAAGAGGAUCGCGCUGCCGCUAAUCAUCUUCACUACGGAAAGAAAGAAGCAAAGUUCGGUCUGGAAACAUUUGCCGAUACAGACAAACCGCGAACAUGGCAUGUACUUCUACGAGUGAUUGAGGGUAGAGAUCUCAAGACAGGCGCGUUGCGCAUACGGGCCUAUCUGGAAGGCCUACAGAAAUGUACUCGUGUCUGUGCACAAGGAAGUCCAUGCUGGAAGCAGAAUCUCGUCUUCAUGCUCAAAGAUAUUACCCUACAGGAUCUUGCUGCACAAAAUCUUGACAUUAAAGUAACUCGAGCCAAACGUUUUUCCGAACAAGUCAAAGGCGUAUUCUGUUGCCCAAUGGCGGCCAUCGUUCAUACGCCUGGUAAAGCCAUUAUUUCAAAAUGGGUUGCCCUCUCAAUGCCAUUCGACGAAGAAGACGAGGAGGGUGUACAUGAAAACUGCGGUUUUCUCAAGGUGAGACUCUUUCGGCUUCAUCAGCUCGCUGAUGAAAUAACCGAAGAAGUUGCGAACAACAAGGGCAAGCCACUCAAAUUCUCAAUUCGGGUUACAUUUGGUGAUGAAACAGCCGAUAGCACCGCUGAGGAGAUGGCAGAAAAUGAAGAGGGCCUGGAUGCGGAAGAUAUUGUCAACUUCAAUCAGGAUCUUCUCAUACCAAUGCUAUGGCCCACUGUUAUUUCCAAGAUUAUAUUCCACUUAUAUAUGAGCAAAGGACGUACUCGUCGUUGCCUUGGACAGGCCUCAAUUCCCAUGAGACUCAUCUACGAACCAGGCAACAAGGGUUUUAUGCCAACAUACGGACCAUGUUUUCUCAAUUUUUUUGGCCAAGAAAAAUGGAAGAAAUUCAAGCUGAAGAAGAAAGGAAAGAAAGCAGUACAAGAAGGAGGCAGCAAGUGA